UACAAACACACGCCACAAAGCCUCUAUUCAUCAUCUAUCAAUCCUAUCUAAUCUCAUCACCAAAAAUAAAUCAAAAAUCAUGAUCUCUAGGGUUUUCGACUUCAUGAAGCAAUCCAAAUCCAUUCAGCUAAAUAACAGACUAUUCCUCGAUCUUCUUUCUUCUUCUUCUUCUUCUUCUUCUUCAUCAACCAAACCCAAAGCUUUGCAUGAUGUGUUCAUCAACCACAGAGGAACCGACACAAAGAGAAACAUCGCGACUUUGCUUUACGACAAUCUCAAUGCCCGUAACAUACGUCCAUUCCUGGAUAGCAAGAACAUGAAACCUGGAGACAAGCUUUUUGAUCAUAUCAACCGUGCGAUUCUCACUUCUAAAGUCGCCGUGACCGUUUUCUCUCCCAACUAUUGCGAUUCUUAUUUCUGUUUGCACGAGCUUGCUCUUAUAAUGGAGUCCAAGAAAAGGGUCAUACCGAUAUUUUUUGACAUCAAACCUUCACAACUCGAUGUUAUGAUCGAGAGGGUGACAUGUUCUGAUGAUGAAAUCCAACGGUUUAGAUGGGCUCUUCAAGAAGCUAAAGAUAUCGUUGGUCUUACGUUCGAUUCCUGUAAAGGGAAUUUAUCAGAGGUUGUUACAGUUGCGGCGGAUGUUAUCGUUGACAGGUUGGUGGAGUUAGAUGCUGAAGUUGGAGAUGCUUAGGCGUUGGAAGAACUUUAAUUAACUCCAAAUCAGAAGCUUCUCUCACAUAUAUAUUUCAUAUGAUUAAUUAAUUAAUUUAAUUCAUUUCAUUCAUGCAUAUAUAGUUAACAGAAGAGAUAACAACUUUUUGUAAUGAGGAUUUCUAAUCUGCAUUAUUCUUGUGUAUUAUUUUGUGUGUGGCAAAUUAUUGCUUUGUAAGCUCAAGAAAUAAAUAAAUAACAUUCUCUCUUUCUAAUA